UCAACUCAAAUACAUACUUGGAUUGGGGGAGAAGAAAGAAAUGAUAGGGAAACAGAGCAAGAGACGGAGAGAAGAGAGUGCCCACGAGAGAGAAGAGGAAUCUCGUGAAGAGGAAAUAGAAUCUGUUUCGUCUACCCCGUCGGCCGCGAUAAGAAGAAGUCCGAUUUUUCAGCUUUCUUCGUUCGAUGGCACAAGAAAUGGAGAGAAAAGGAAAGAGACCUCUGUUCGGUCUCUGUUCCGCUGUGCCGGCCGUACCGCUGUUUGCACUGUUUACAUUUGGGGCUCAUGAAAUUUAUGGUACUUAAUCAGCUGAUAAAGAUAAGCCCACAACCUGAAAAAUCUUAGUGCCGAUGCACUUAAUCAGCUGAUAAAGAUAAGCCCAGAAGUUGUUGAACAACACCAACCAGCUGCUAUUGAUUACCUAGAGGUGUUCUGCAGGGUCUUUGGGGAAUCUGGGACUGCAAAUGGGAAAUAUCCUGCCUCACAUAUUACUGGGAAGUUGUGUGAUGUAGUAGAGGCACGUCCGGAGGACAACACAGUGAAAGAAGCGAAAAGAGAAGGAGGAGACAAGAAUAUUAUAAACCAAAUAAACCAAAGAAAAGUCAAGGAAUAAUUUAGCAACUCCAUCCUCAAUGCUCUCAAGAAGCUUCCAACCGUUAAUUAUAUGACAUCGGAACUGGUUGCAUAGCUGCUGCUUGGGCAAACCUUACGAGAAUUGCGGAGAGUCAAGGAAUAAUUUAGCAACUCCGUCCUCUACGCUUCUAAGAAGCUUCCAACCGUUAAUUAUGACAUUGGAACUGGUUGCAUACCUGCUGCUUGGGCAAACCUUACAAGAGUUGAAAACAUGGGACACAUCACGUGAGGUUGAAGGGGCAAGAUUUAGAAACCAAAUCUGAUAAGAAUUGGUAUGUAAUUUUCAUUCAUUUUUUUGGGGUUGAUGCUCCAUAGUAAAAUAGUGGGUUUAGAGGGGCAAGAAGAGGCCAAAUCUGACAUGAAUUGGUACGGAAUUUUUUAUUUUUUUAUUUUUUUCAUUUUGUUGGGAUCAAAUGGGUGUUUUAUUGUGCCAAAACUUUUGUUGGGAUCAAUUUGGUACAUUUUUUUCUCUAUAUGAGGUUGAAUAAAAAAUAUGGGACACAUAUGAGGUUAGUGGGCAAGAUUUAGAAGCCAAACGCGAUAAGAAUUGAUAUAUAAUUUUCUUUCAUUAUUUUGGGAUUAAAUUGAUACUCAUUAUCACAAUAAUGAGUAUGGGAACACAAGUGGGGUGAGGGGGACAAGACUUAGUACUACAACUCUUUUGUUUUGUUAGGAUCAAAUUGAUGUGUUUUAUUUCUAUUUGAGGUUGAAUCAAUUACAUGUGGACAAGUACAUCACGUGGGUUUAGAGAGGCAAGAUUUAGAGGCCAAGUUUGACAACAAUUGGGAUGUGUGGGAUGCUGGGGUUGUUGUAGAACAUGCUCUCAUCUUUGCGAUUGGUUCGCAGAUUCGGUACCGUCCCCAAUAUUGCUCCAAUCUCUAUUUCUUCUUCUUCUUCAUUAUCUGUUGAGAAGGAGAAAGCUAGCUCGGUGACAAAGUGCCCGAGAAAUCCGCGGAUAGAAUUGGAGGAGCCUGCAUUGGUUAAGCUAAAGAAAGAGAGGGACCCUGAGAAGCUAUUCAAUUUGUUCAAAGCCAAUGCAAGUAAUAAAAUUGUUGUUGAGAAUCGGUUUGCCUUUGAAGACACUGUUUCUAGAUUAGCCGGCGCCGGUCGAUUUGAUUAUAUAGAGACUCUUUUAGAACAUCAGAAGAGCCUGCCGCAGGGCAAGCGAGAAGGUUUCAUGGUUCGGAUAAUAAUGCUUUAUGGGAUGGCUGGAAUGACUAAACAGGCUCUUGAUACGUUUUGUGAUAUGCAUUUGUAUGGUUGUAAGAGGACUGUGAAGUCAUUCAAUGCUGCAUUGAAGGUGUUGGCUCAAUCCCGAGACUUGGAGGCUUUGGAGUCUUUUUUGGGAGAUUUCCCCUUUAGAUACAAUAUUGAGAUAGAUGUAUAUUCGAUUAAUAUUGUUGUUAAGGCUUUUUGUGAAAUGGGUGUAUUGGAUAAGGCAGGAUUGGUCUUGGUUGAGAUGGAGAAGUGGAGAGUGACUCCAGAUGUCAUCACUUACACUACUCUUAUAUCGGCUUUUUACAAGGUGAAUCGGCCUGAGAUUGCGAAUGGACUGUGGAACCUAAUGGUGUUAAAAGGUUGCUUUCCUAACGUUGCAACGUUCAAUGCGAGGAUCCAGUUUCUAGUGAGUAAAGGCCGAGCUUGGGAAGCAAAUAAGUUGUUGGGUUUCAUGCGCAGCCAUAAAAAGUUAGCUUUAUGUCCUGACGAGGUUACAUAUAAUUUGGUGAUUAAAGGUUUCUGCAGAGCGCAGUUUCUUGAAAUGGCUAUGCGAGUGUACUCAGCCUUCCAGGGAGAGGGCUAUAAGCCAAAUCAAAAGAUUUAUCAAACGAUGGUCCACUAUCUCUGUAAAGAGGGAAAAUAUGACAUGGCGUACGCUAUGUGUAAAGAUAGUAUGCAGAAGAACUUGUUUCCUAGUGUGGAAACUAUCUAUAGUCUACUUGAAGGCCUGCAGAAAGAUGGCGGAAUCAACAAGAUACAGAAGGCUAAUUUUCUUUAUAGCCUUGCAUUGAGAAGACAACCUCCAUUUUCUGCUGCAGAAUUAGAAACCAUGAAAGCUAUAUUGUCAAGGAAGUGAACUAACUUCAAUGUAGUGUUAAGUUCCAUCCUUCGCUGAUUUAUCAUCUUGAGUGGAGCAGAUUUGAAAUCAUUAGUUUUUGAGGAAAAGUUAAAGGGAGGAAUUCUUCCAUGCUAUGCCUGCAUUGAAUAUCUUCAUCUAAUUAUGGUAUUACUGAGGGGAAGCUUGCAUUUCUCGUGAGAUAUGUAUCGAUGAGCUUAAUGAAAUAAAACCCCUCCAGUGUAAUAUCUCGGGAGCUCUGCUGGCUAGAGAACCAGAAUUCAACAUGAUAGCUGGUGGAAGCUGUGAGGAUUGGAAAUGCUUUGUAGAGAAAUGUAUAUUACAAGUGAAAGAACAAUUGGCAUGUCUGAUAGUGUACAUAAAAUAGGGACCCCCAAGGUUUCUUAUUAACCGAAUUCUUCUUUGAGAAAUACAUACACGUGAUGAAGGAAUAGUUAUUCUUUUAUUUAUUUCAUGAAAAAUACUUGCCAUGCGGACGAUUGACGAAAUUGUUAUUGUAGUCGCGCAGAGAAUAUAAAUAGAAGAUCUAGAGGAAUAUCUUCUCCUACUAUUUGCUUUACAAGUACUCCUUCGUUGAAACUGAGAAAAAUAAACUUAGAAUGUAUUUGUAGGUUACAUUUUGAGUAAUUUAAGUUUACAUUUGCUUGAUCAGUGUGUCUACUCUUUUGUCUUGAGAUGUUUUUGGUGCUGAGAAUGUAUGUAGGUGCAAUUAUUAAGGCUUUGUUAACAAAAACCAGGUUGAAUAGUAAAGAAAUUGAAAGGAUAUGAAAAGUAAGUAAAGUUGAUACUCUUAUUUGAUAAGUGUGUACUUAUUUUAAGUUGUUUUGGAUUUGAAUUUUCAAAAUAAAAAAUACUUAUUUGAGAUUAAAUAUUUUGUU